AUGAGAGAAUCUACUCUGGAGACACCACAGGACAAGCUAUCGUCACCUCCACUCGUUCAUUGCGACCACUCGCAUCAUGGAAAGCUCACACCGACUCACUGCUGGGCAUUGAAGAAUGAGGUUCUCAAAUCACAUGGGAGGGAUAAUAAACUCCACGUUUGGACGCGACCCGAAGAGUCUGCUUCCAUCAGACAAGGACCUGCAACUUUGUCAGAUCUAUCAACACCAACGAUAUGCUACUCUAUGGAUGUCAACGCUCUCAACUACUGCAGGUUCUCUCUAGUUAUCCUAGCGGGAGCGGGCGCGCAGGAAGGUCUACUUGCCGUUCCGAACCUCGUGGAAUCAGCUCUUGUGGGUAAUCUCUUUGGUGUGGGGUACGGCGUGAUCUCAGUACGAACUGACCAGGCAGAUAUCUGGUCACUUCCAUCUUGUCAAAGGCUCCACGCUGCUAUAGGUGAUCCACUAGACACCUCCGCAACAGCCUUUUCGGAUGGUAGGUCAGGCAGCAAAUCCGGGAUCAUCAUGUCAAUGCACCUUUUUUACUCUGCGUUGUCUGCACCAUCGUCCUCUACGUCGACAAGAGAGCUGCGUCUAUUAUGCGCAUACGAAGAUGGGAGCGUUGUCCUGCGAAAGCGAACUGCACCCGAAAACAAACAGACUGUCGAGGGCCGUGGACGGGAAGUGGUGUGGAAAUCCAAACUUCAUGUAGAAUCAGUGAUGGCUAUGGCAGUUUCUUCAGACUGCACUCUUGCUUUAACAGUGUCUGCAGACCAUCUGGUGGGACGAUAUGAUCUUUUGGAAGUGACCUCAGAAUCCACUCCCGCAGGAACCGCAUUCAAGACCAAACAUCCAGGAAAUGGCGCUAUUGCCAUACGGAGUGACGGGAGAGUAUGCGCCAUUGGGGGAUGGGACGGCAAAGUGCAAUUAUACUCGACAAAAACAUUAAAGUUGCUGGGAACCCUUGUGCACCACAAGCAAGGAUGCCAGGCGGUUAUUUUCGCCUCUCACAUCGAUCGUGUACUACUUUGUGGGGAUUUGAAGGAGGAUGACUCCUCUAGCGACGAGGAUGAAAUUACUGUUGAGGAAAAGCAUGCCCGUGGUCGGUGGCUGAUUGCUGGUAGUACAGACGCGAAGGUGUCCAUUUGGGCGUUGAUGAGUUUCGAGAAGACAAGCACAUAAGUUAAACCGAUGCCCAUGGUAAGAUGAGGACAUGGCUUAUUUUUACUGUAAUUGUAUUUUUAUGCGUCGCAAGCAGCGUCUGAAAUAAGCGGGGACUGCUUAGGCCUCCUGAUAGCGGGAACAAACAUGACCACUAUAGAGUU